UUGCCACAAAGUAAUAAAUUUACACAUAUGUAUAUACAAAACCGCAACAAAUGAGCUGACUAAUUAAGCAGGGUAAGGACGGUUGUAUAUACAUAAACUCAUACAUACAUACAUGUAUAUGGCGUAUGUGUGCUUUGACAACUACAAAUAACUUAUUUUAUUUGUUUAAUAUAUUUAUUUAAAAACAAAUAAUUGUUGUUUUCGUUCCUUUGCUUAAUUCUGUUCCCCUUGGUUUUUUUUGUCUUAUAUUCGCACUAUGCGUUGAAGUCAAGAUUUUUUUACGUCAACGCAAUAAACAAAAAAAAAAAUUAAAAUAACAUUAUGAAAAGUAAAAAGCAUUUUAAUGCUUGCAGUUUAAACUGAAAUACUUUACGAGUUUAUUUUGCAAUUUCAUUUGUUUAUCGGCUGAGAAAGCGUCAAGAAGUCGACACGAGUUGACUAAAGUGCUUGUAAAUUCAAAAUUCUACAUCUGUGAAUAAAAGGUACGAAAUAAAACAUGCGGAAUAUACUACAUAUGACAGCCGCUCGGUUGGCUCUACUGCUUUUCUGCUUUGGGUGCUUGCAAACUACCACGCACACCUUUGACUUCUUUCGGCAAUGGCGACAAAAAAAGGCUGAUAUAAUCUGGAGCCGCCUCAUAGGACCGAAAACCGUUGCGGAUGUUCACGAUGCGUUAGAGGGUAAAACCCUAAUAACCGAUUUGGAUCGUAAUAUGCGACAUCUGUUCGUAAACGUGCGUCGCUAUUCAAUGAAACGCGCUGAUAUGGAUCAGAUAUUUGCUACCAAUCGCGCUGAGGGCAAAAUGCAACCGAUCAUACCACCAAAUCAGCCGUUCCCUUGUGAUCUCAGUUAUUCGCGCUCGACGUUUCCACCCACCUCGGUGCAUCAGUUGCGACCGGGUGAUAUUGAUAUUAUAGCUUCUAUUGGUGAUUCACUCUCGGCCGGCAAUGGUAUUAUGUCAGAUCGUGUGCUGCACAUCCUAAAUGAAUUUCGUGCAUUUUCCUUUUCUGGUGGUGGUUAUGGCGAUUGGCGUUCGUAUUUAACACUACCGAAUAUAUUGCGUGAAUUCAAUCCGAAUCUCUACGGUUACUCAACGGAGAAUGAAUUGACAGUGGACAGCACAUCACGUCUGAAUAUCGCCGAACCCAUGAUCAUGUCGCGCGAUCUGCCAUUUCAAGCACGUGUACUGAUUGAUCGUAUGCGUCAGGAUCCAAAUGUCGACAUGGAAAAUCAUUGGAAACUACUCACAAUUUUUGUGGGCAACAAUGACAUCUGCACUGACAUGUGUCACUACGAUAAUAUGACUGAGUUUGUGCGACGUCAUGAAAUCGAUAUGCGUCAGACGUUCACUUUACUGCGUGACAACGUACCACGUCUACUGAUCAAUCUGAUACCCGUGCCUAAUAUGGUCAUUUCACUCUAUCCCAUGGAAAAUAAGGUGCCGUUUCGUUGCUUUGCUGUACAUCAUUUAGGCUGUCAUUGUAUAUUCAGUCAUGCCGUUGGUGAGAAAGAACUACAUCAGGCUUAUGAUCGAAUCAAUCGUUGGCACGAAGUCGAUCAGUAUGUGGCGCAAUUACCAGAAUUUCAAACAAAUGACUUCGCUGUCGUCUAUCAACCCUUCACCGCAUAUAUACAAACUCCAAGGCUGGCAAAUGGGGAAACAGAUUUUCGUUACUUUGCUAGCGAUUGCUUCCACUUCAGUCAAUGGGGUCAUGCGUCCAUGUCGAACUCACUCUGGAAUAGUAUGCUUCAGCCGAUGGGUAGAAAACAACUUAAUAUGGUGCCGGCUUUCAGCCAUUUCGAGUGUCCCACUGAGGAGCGACCCUACAUUGCAACACUCUAUAAUAGUUGGCAAAGAAAGUGAAACUAUUUGCAAAAACUUUAUUUCUAAAUGUGGAGCACUAGUUUUAAGAAGUUCGUUGUUUUGUAAAUGAUCAAAAUAAAAUAAAAGUAAUGGUUGAAAUGUUUUAUUAAAAGUCAAGUUAGUUGCCGAACUGAUCUCGGACAGUCCCGAAUACAUCUUUAGUUUGAAAUGGUCUAAUGAAUCUGAAAUCGAAUGAUACUUUUUCCAAAAAUACUUUUUUGCCUCCAAAGAACCUAAACUUUGUUAUAAAACGGAGGGUUAUAGUCUCUACUUUAUCAAACAAACAUAUA